AUGGAUCAGAGGAGAGCAGGGAACAUCGGCCCUCGGUGGCAUCGCUAUCGGCCACAAGCGAGGGAGCUUGACCAAGAGCAAUGGCCAGACCAGGUGUUUUUGGAAUGA